AUGGCGGAAGAGGAAGAGACACUCUACGAAUAUUUUUGGGAUUUAGCUUCACUGGAUAGUUAUAUACGCCAGAAAACUGCCAAAGCUUUAAUCACGCAUCUCGAUGAAUGCUUCAGAAAUCAUGGCAAAUUGGUUACAAUUCCGGACAAAUUAUCCACUAAUUGCGAAGAUUUCAUAACAGCAUCGGAAGUAAUUGAACAAUAUUACGGGCCCGACAUUGCAUAUUCUCUGAUCAGAUUAACUAGAGGAUUGCCCAGUCCGCGAGAGGGUGCAAGACAUGGAUUUGCAUUAGCAUUAACAGAGUUGCUGUCGAACCUGCAAACGAUUACUGUUGAUUUAGUUAUUAUUUUCAUUGAUGAUGCAUGUCCGUUUACAUCGACCAAAGAACAGGAAGAUCCGAAUAAUCUUAUAGGACGCGUUCUCGGCUACAUGAGCAUUAUCAGAUCAGGAAUUUUGUGGCGUACUAACGCAACGAUAAAAGAUUACAAGACGAUAAUAGACGGGUUGGUAAAAUGCUCAGAAUGCAAAUCAUAUAUUAAAGAGAUAUGCUAUCAUGUGAUGAUUGGCUCACUAUCUCAGUUGAAAAAGACAAAGUAUGAGAAAGAUGCAUUGAAAUAUCUAAUAGAACAGGUUCUGGAUAACGCCGGUCAGGGCAUACAAAAUUCCGAUACCUUAAAUUUAGCUCUAGCAAUUCAGGAACAGUAUCCAGAUAUACACAAGAAUUCAGAUUGGAAAGAUUUGGUUAUUGACAAGGCACCUGAUUCUCUUGUACGUUGGGAAAAUCCGUUCAUAUUACACCACGACAAUAUGAGCAAGAUUGCCGAAUGCUUACAAGCGCGACCAAAGCAAGACUCGAGUGACGAUCAAAACCAAGAGUCACAGUUUCAUUCGGUAUGGAAUCGCAUCUUGUCGGUGUACAUAAACAAUAAGACACCGAGCAGUAAACAAAAGGGUGCAAAAAACAAAAUAGUACCUUUCAGCACGUUUUGGAAAGAAAUUGUCGAUAAUGGAUUGUUCGCCACGGAGUCAACGCAUAAACGUCGAUUCUGGGGCUUUCAGUUUUUUGAAAAAUGUCUUUUAUCGCUGUCGAAGGAGCACGUAGAAAGUCUAUUUACAUCAAAUUUCAUGCGAUCUUUGACAAACCACCUGGUGGACGAAUCGAGAUAUUUACAUGAAGCAGCUGCUCGCACGUUUGAAGUUAUCUGUCAACGUGCAAAGGAGGAUAAUGAAAUCGUUAUUGUAUUAAUCAAAGAACUUGUUGGAAAAGAUGAAUCCCGAAACUUUGACGACUUUACGAAAGGGAAUAACCUAAAGAAGUUGACAUCGUGUUUAGAUUCUCAAGGGUUGAUUACGUACUUGAACUACCUGAAGAGCAUUGUCUUGAAUCAAGAUAUACCCUCAACGGCAAGUUUCGAUAAGUACCGUCGAUGGACAAUUGACCAAAUGUAUGGGCUAGUGCGUAAUACCACAUCCGAACGAAAAGAAGAAUUGGUGAAGUCUAUUUUGGGUCUUUACAUCGCUUCCGGUUUCUUUCGAGUAAAGGAAAUUGUCGAAGACAAUCCCAAGAGAAAGCGGACAAAUACUUCUAGGAAAUCUUCAAAGAAAGUCAAGCUAAACACGGGAGAAGGAGCAGAAGCUGACCAAGAAAAAAGUGAAGAAUUUAUUUUAGAAUACGUUUCGGCGAAACCAGAAUUGUCCCAAUCAAUUCGAGAAUUGUUGCGCAAGAGGCUUUUCAAUGUACUCGGAGAGCUGAACAAGAUAAAACCUUCCAAUUCUGAAAAUGUCAAAAAUGACAGCACCACAAGUAACGGCAAUGCUUGGGCAUACUAUGCACUCAAACAAGUUUUGAAACUGGAGAACGAUUCGAGGUUCGAAUUGCUAAUUAGUUUGGAUGAAGAAACGCAACGAGUUAAGCAGACUGCGGUUGAUUGUAUCGAAACCAUUGAGAAACAAAUUAAGAAACCGUCAAAGAAUUCAACGCAAAAUGUAUUGUCUCAGUAUAUAGCCUUUGAAUGGCUUUUUUCGCAUACGGCUCUUUGGUUAUUUGCCGAACCACUAGAAGCUAAAUCGAUAUUAGAGGAUCUGCAAGUGUGUUAUCAGAAGGUGUUUAAGCAGUCAAAAAGACCAAGAAGAAGAAAAAAGGGUGACGAUGACAUGGAAGAAGAUCCUGAACCUAUUGAUGUGUUGGUAGAUAUAUUACUAGGUUUUUUGGGGAAACCCUCUGUAUUGUUGAGACAUUUGACCGAACAAGUGUUCGAAGUAUUUUGCGAUCAAAUGACCAAGACGGCACUAGAUUUACUAUUAAGUGUAAGAAAUAAUAUUCCUGCUGCUGUUACUUUUUCACUCGAGGGAUUUGAAGAUUUAUAUUGA